CCAUUCAACAAAUGCUGUUUAGUGUUUAUUCUCGAAAUUACACCACGCAUCGAUAACACUCGUGAUAUCUCACUUCGAGGAAUGAACGCUGCUUCUUCAACAGCAUUGUAUCGGCACGGACCCAUUAGCGGUAAAUAAUAUUUCAUUAGUUUCGUGGCUAAGUUUUUUUACGUACCUGUUCGCGGGAUAUUUUUCUCAGUGUUAUAACUGUGAUAAACCGGCUGAAGAAGAAUGAUUACUAAAGUUGCCGCUCCGAUGUUGGGUGGCACCCUUAUGGUGAUGGCGUGGUCAGGGGUGUACUUCACCAAGCACCAAACAAGAUCUUCCAGGUCCUCCGUGGAUGAUCUUUUGGAUCGCAACUCAACAGAGUCAUCUCUGUAUUAUAGUGUGUAUGAUGAAAACAACUUUAGCGAAAACAGUGUGGAAUAUCCAAGAAAACUUUUGGCUUAUAAAGCACCUGCGAUCUAUAGUGUUUAUGGAAAUGGUAGUGUCAGUAUAAAUAUUACUGGUGACGGUAACGAUUGGAGGAGAGAAGAGAUUAAAAAGAUGAUGAAGCAUGCUUGGGACAACUAUGUACGUUACGCUUGGGGUAAAAACGAGCUGAAACCAAUCAGCAAAAGAGGGCAUGUUGGAAGCAUUUUUGGUUCUUUACCAUUAGGAGCAACCAUCAUCGAUGGACUUGACACUUUGUAUAUCAUGGGCAUGAAGGAAGAGUUCAAACAGGCUAGGGAUUGGGUUGCAACCGAGUUGAACUUUGACCAAAUGACAUCCGACGUAUCCGUAUUCGAAGUCAACAUCAGGUUCGUGGGAGGGCUGCUUGCGUGUUUUGCUUUGACAGGAGACACGAUGUUUCGUGACAAAGCUCAACAAAUCGCCGACAAAUUGUUGCCAGCUUUCGACACCCCUACUGGCAUCCCUAAUGCGCUCAUCAACUUCAAAACAGGGGCAAGCAAGAAUUAUGGUUGGGCGAGCGGUAGCUCCAGUAUUCUAUCCGAAUUCGGAACACUUCAUCUCGAGAUGGCAUACCUUAGCGACGUGACUGGUAAACCAAUAUACCGUGCCAAAGUAGAUCAUAUUCGAAAAGUUCUUCAAGAGAUGGAGAAACCCAAAGGACUCUACCCUAACUAUCUAAAUCCAAAAACAGGAAAUUGGGGACAGCGUGGUCUUCUGGGUUUAGCUUCGAAAACACUUAGAAACGAAGUGUCAGACCGAUAUAUGGAAGUGGCAAAAGAAAUAACUCGGACAUGUCAUGAGUCCUACGAUAGAUCUCAGACGAAACUAGGCCCUGAGUCUUUCCGAUUCGGAGAAGGUGCUGAGGCAAGAGCUCUCAGAAGUUCUGAGAAGUACUACAUUUUGAGACCGGAAGUGAUAGAAUCAUAUUACUACAUGUAUAAGUUGACUAAAGAUAAUAAGUACAGAGACUGGGGUUGGGAAGCAGUUCAAGCCCUUGAGAAGUACUGUCGAGUUCCUGGAGGAUAUACUGGCAUCAAAAAUGUCUACUCCGAAGACCCUCAGCAGGAUGACGUGCAACAGAGUUUUUUCUUGGCAGAAACAUUGAAGUACCUGUACCUUCUUUACUCAGACGACAGCCUCAUCUCCUUGGAUGAAUGGGUCUUCAACACAGAAGCACACCCGCUUCCAAUCAAAGGUGUGAAUUCGUACUAUAGAGAGUCAACCCAAUAAUGGUACAUGGCACCAUUCCCACCGAUAUCAUUUGAAGCGACUGAUACACAAGAAUACUUUAAACUUUGAAAUUUUUAUUUAUUGAGGAAAUGAUAUAAUAUAUACGAAGAAGUGAUUGAGAAACUCUGGGUAGAUUUAGUUAUAAAACAGUGUGUGGAUCAUAAAUGUGAGUUGAUAAACUGUGAUCUUAAGAAAAACUUAUUAUCGAACCAAUUUCAAAGAGGUUUACAUAUUUGAAUGAUAUUUCAGAUGAAUGCAGUUUGUUGUUUGAAUUCCUCAUCAGUAAUUAAUAUAUCAGAGUCUGAAUGAUAGGAGAGGUUGAAGCAGACUGUUGUAACCACACGAAGUUUGGUCCACGAGACAAUCCCGCUGAUAUUUCUGCUGACAGCAAAGAUAAAACUGCUGUUUUUUACGUUGAUUAAAUUAAAAAAUCUAAUACUUCCUAAAAAGUUCUGAAGAGUCUUUGAAAAAUAGUUCCAAAAUUUCAGAAGUGUAUGAAAUAAUUCAACUGGAUUCAACACACUAAAGUUUGUUUUCAAAGUAUAGUUUUUGUCAUUCAAAAUAUCAAUCGAAUGAUAUGCAUGAGUUGAAGAUGAUUAUGAAAAUGACAAGAUAAAUAA